AGCCGUAGUGAUGCCCGCCGAGCCUCAAGAGGUCAUGGACGCAGACUCGGCCUUGAAGAGGGUUCCAGCCAUCAAGCAGCUCGAACAGGCCUUGGAGCAGAAGUCCCAGAUGAGCGCCAAUAGCUUCAAGGCCAAGGUGGGCGAGCGAUUGGAGCGGGCGCGCAAGAAAGCGCAGGACAUAAAGACGCGGACUGUGACGAUUGUGAAGGAGCCAGAAUUCCAAAAAUUGACGAUCUCAACUGGCACUGGCGUCAUCGUCCUCGGCGCCUGCGGGGGCGCCUUUGGCAUUGCCACCGGCGUGGUGCUGGGCUCCGCGGCCGGGGUGGCGCCGGCCCUGGCCACGUUCGGCCUGUCCAUUCCAGCGGGCGCCAUCUGCGGCGGGGCCGCAGGCCUCCUGAUUGGCACCACCGCCGGCAGUACCGCUGGUGGUGCCGGGGGCUUCUGCCUCUAUAAGUACCGAGUGCAGAUCAAGGAUGGGGUCAUUCAAGUCAAGGUCAAGGCCCUGAAUGCCUUUGAAGCUGGCCGCGACAAAGCCAAAGGCACCGCCUCCCGCACCAAGCUGGCGAUUGAGUCGACGGCGGCCCAAGCUCGAGAGAAGGCAAACGUGACUGUCGCUCUGGCCAAGGAGAAGUCGACAGAGGCAGUGAAGCUGGUGAAGGCCAAGGCUGGUGACGCGUUCACCUACGCCACCAGCACUCGCACUGGUGUCUCCUCUGUCUCUGCCCUGCUGGGUGGAGCAGUGGGCACGGCCACCGGCGGCGCCUGUGGUGCGCUGGCAGGAGGAGCCGUCGGCAUGGUGCCAGCCAUCUUCACUUUCGGUCUGUCCAUCCCGGUGGGUGCCACCAUCGGACUGGUGGCAGGGGCGACUACUGCAGGAGGAGCCGGUGCUGUGGGCGGUGGCGCAGUGGGCUUUGCCGGCUUCACCUACCGCGAGGAGAUCCAAAAGUGCGGGCCCUUCGAGACUCAGCAAGGCUCGCCACGCCAAAGAGGCGUCCAGAAGCGCGGGUCAGCCAGUUACCUGCACAAGAAGGGCAUGGACUCGGCUGAGCAGGUGAAGAGUCGUGUCAAGUCUCUGGUUGGAGCCGGAACUGGAGGAACUGCAUGAGGUACAUUCACAGAGGUGUGUGGUUUGCCGCUUGAUGUUCCUUGCCUUGAACUGAAAUGUCUCCCGAUCCUGCAUGGAGGCCGCGCAUGUCUGAGGAAACUUCCAUAUUUUUGUCUGUUAAUGUCGCAGAGUGCCAAGAGGCGUCGACAGAGCUCUUCGUGCAUCCCGUUUUCCACAAGCGAAGUGUGCUGAGCUUGAGACUUGUGCGCGAUGCCUGCGCAUGGCCUCACUUUGACGCUCAGCUCUCGCGGAGUGGUGCACCUUCGUACAGGUUGUGCCUGAACAACUGUUUGGCUCGCAGCGGGAGCUUAAGAGGCUCGUGCUGUCUAUCCAGGCACAGUUGGCGGACAGUGGAAACUUGUUCCAAACCACAACCCGGCCACCUGAGCGCUGUAUUUUGCUCAUUUUGCC